GAUGCUGUCACAAGUUCCAAAUGCGGUCAGCUGUGGCCAUGCGGUUUGUAACAUGUUCGGUUUUGUACUGAAAUUCUUCCGUAUCUAAAUUUUGUGGUCUCCGGCUUUUGAAUACCAUAAAAAUAAAGAUGGUGAACUUCACGGAGCUGAAUAAAGAGAUCGUGCUGCUCCGUGGUGAUGUGAAGCGAGCUCGGCUGCUGCUGAUCCAGACUUUGUGUCGGAACAUCCGCAAACUCAGGGGCAAGAAAGGAAACCCAGCACAACUGGCAAAGAACCAGCACCGUGCUGAAAAACUGCAUGAAGACAUCACAGUCCUGAAGGGUUUGAAGCCUGAUGAUGUGACAAAAGCUGGGCUGUUUGCAGACUUGGAUGAGCACAAAGUGUUGAGUGAUCCAUCAUCCUCCAGUAAAGAGAGAGCCAUGGCCAGACUGAUCAGCCACAAGGCACUGAGGAGUAGACUGGACACAGUCAGAGCCAAAUUCAACAUCAUUCCAGACCAGAAAAUUAUCCCUGAAAUUCAGAUAACUGUCAAGGACAAACAACCAGAGAACAAAGCUACAAAAGCAGCAGAUAAACCUGGACAGGCAGAAACAGAAAAAAGACCAGCAGAGAAAAAAGACAACACACAGACUGAGUCAUCCAUUGAAAAGGUUCAGCAAAGUAGUGAUGGGGGGAGCAGUCCAAGUAGUGUUGGUGAGGCGGACAAAUUUUGUCCAAGUAAGGAUGAGGCAAAAGCAUCAACAGAGCUUCCAAGCACUGCAGAAAUCGUUGUAAGUACCGGAAACAAAACUAGUGACAGUGAUGAGGAAGAAGAAGAAGAGAAAGAAGAAGAAGAAAGUGUAGAGGAAAUGGAAGAGGAUGAUGAUGAUGAUGUUGAAAGUGAAGUGGAAGAAAUCCCCAGUCUGGAGACAGAAUCUUCCAUGGAAAGCAGAACUGAAUCACAACUAAAUCUUGAAAAUCAAAGUAGAGAGAGCAACAACAAACAGACAGUAAACAGAACUGAAGCCACAGCUGUGAAAAGAAAGGGUCCCAGAAAAGCAGCCUGUGAUGUAGAAGAAGAGGAUGAAGAAGAGGAGCAGAAGGAGGAAACAACCGUUACUGAAGGAGAUGACAUGUUCCUUAGGGAAGGGGACCCAGAUCCUGAGGAAGACUUGGAAGGAAGAAGGAGGAGUCUUGAUUCAGGAGGGUCGUCAGAAAGAGCCCCCUUGGGGAGGGCACCUCCAGGGGAGUCUCUGUUCAUCGGCAGUCUUGCUGGGAGAACACGGAACGUGAAGAAGGGGAAAUUUGAGAAAAGGAUGGGAAAACGGCCAACGGAAAGAGGGACCUCACACAAGUUUGCAACCAAAGGGAGAGCUCAGCAUCCACCCAGAGUGCCAGGUGGAGGUAGAGUAGUGAAGCCUUCUGAGUCGUCAGCACAUCUCCACCCCUCCUGGAUCGCCAAACGCAAGCAGAAGGAACAGGCUGGGCAGAUCACUGCCUUCCAGGGGAAGAAGAUCGUCUUUGAUGACUGA